AAAGCUUCCUGAUAGAACAGCAGCAGAGCAGCGUGCCGGGCGAGUGAGUUUCUGUGAGUACACUGCACUUCUACUGAAGAGAAGAAUAACGGAUUUAAGACGGUUCGCGGUACCGGGAAAGAUCCGCUUUUGAUACAAAAAGCGAGGAGCUGAAUCUAAAGGUAACGCCGCUGGGAAAGAAAAGAUGACGGAGGGUCGAGUGUGCCAAGUGCUUCUCCUGGACGACAGGAAACUAGAACUGCUGGUUCAGCCAAAGCUCCUGUCACGGGAACUCUUGGAUUUGGUUUCUUCCCAUUUUAACCUCAAAGAAAAGGAGUACUUUGGAAUAACCUUCAUUGAUGACACGGGCCAGCGGAAGUGGUUGCAGAUGGACCGCAGGGUCCUAGACCAUGACUUCUCUAAGAAGAGUGGACCAAUUGCCCUGAAGUUCCUUGUCCGGUUUUAUAUUGAGAAUAUUACAUACCUGAAGGAGAACACAACGGUGGAACUGUUUUUCCUAAAUGCAAAAUCUUCUGUCUACAAUGGGGACAUCGAGGUUGAAAGUGAAAACGUCUUUAAAUUGGCUGCUUACACAUUGCAGGAGGCUAAAGGAGACUACACCAGUGAUGAAACCACAAGAACGGACUUGAAGAAGCUCCCUACUCUUCCAACGAAAGUUCUUAAAGAGCACCCUUCCCUCGCCUACUGUGAGGACAGAGUGAUUGAGCAUUACAAGACUCUGAAAGGGCUCACACGAGGCCAAGCUGUCGUACAGUAUUUGGCUUUGGUGGAAUCCCUUCCAACAUAUGGGGUGCAUUAUUAUGGAGUAAAGGACAAACAAGGGAUUCCAUGGUGGCUGGGAAUUAGCUACAAAGGGGUCGGUCAGUACGAUUUGCAGGACAAGCUGAAACCUCGAAAGUUGUACCAGUGGAAGCAGCUGGAGAACCUGUAUUUUCGUGAGAAGAAAUUUGCUGUUGAGGUGAACGACCCCCACAGGAGGGCAGUGUCCAAGCGCACUUUUGGGCAGACUGGUCUGGUCAUCCACACUUGGUAUGCCAGCCACUCUCUGAUUAAGACCAUUUGGGUGAUGGCCAUCAGUCAACACCAGUUCUAUUUGGACAGGAAGCAGAGCAAAGCAAAAAUAACCACAGCCAGAAGUUUGGGCGAUAUCGCCAUGGACCUCACAGACGUAGGGGCUCCGCGGAUCAGCAAGCUGGGAUGCCUGGACGUGAAAAACCAGCUGAUCAUGGCCAGCAACGGCAGCCUGGUGUCUACAGGGUCAGCUGACUCCGAGGUGAGCGAGGAGCAGAAGAAGGAGAAGAUCUGUGAGCUGAAGAAGAAGGAGAAGGAGCUGCAGGAAACUUUGGCCCUGAAGGUGGAAGAGCUCAAGGCGCUGUGCUUGAGAGAGGCUGCACUGACUGGAAGGCUGCCCAAAGACUACCCGCUGUCCUCAGGCGAGAAAGCCCCUCACAUCCGACGCCGCGUGGGCACUGCGUUCAAACUGGAUGACAUGUUCCCAUACAACGAGGAUCCUUACCUGAGAAACCUGGAGAGCAGGUUUGCUCUCCAGCAGAAAAUCGUCGAGGCAGCCAAGAAGCUGGCCAGCGAGCCUGAGCUCUGCAAAACCGUGAAGAAGAAGAGGCGGAGAAACUGCCAGGACGCCAUGAGGAAGAUGAAGGACAUCGAGGUCGAGAUCAACUCUUAUCGGAUCAGGACCGGGAAGAAGCCCACGCAUCCUGUGAUCCUGGCCGAUGAAGGAACUGCGGCAGAUCUGUGCUCCCUCUCUGACAGCUUGACAUUGGACGAGAAUGUGUGUGCUGGACUCCAAAGGCAGCGAUCGCGGUCGGUGCAGUACUCGCCUGGCCCCAGUCUCACCGAGUCCAUGGGCUUCGAAUACCUGCCUGGCAGACGGGGUUCUGGGAACAACCAGCAUAUAGAUAUGGGCCUCAACAGAUUAAAAUACAGCGAGGUCCAGGAUCCGCUGCACUACAGCCACAGAGACGCCUUAUCGACGCACAGCAGCCCCUACAAGCUUCCAUCCCGACAGCCCCGUGACGCACAGAGCAUGCCCCCCACCCCAAUAAUGACCCGCAACGCCUACAGCAGCAUCCAGCUGAGGUCGGACGAAGACGCCCAGCUCUUCCGGCAGCGGAGCGGCAGCCUGGAGUCCCAGUCGCAGUUCCUGGCGGUGACGGAGCCCCCGAACCCCCCCUUCCCCCUGUCCCCCGCCCGGCGGAGCAACAGCACCGAGGUCCUGGACGACGGCUCGUCCUACACCAGCCAAUCCAGCGUGGAGUACAGCUUCCACGGCAACCCCACCUCCUCCCGCCCCCGCGGGCGCUGGCGCCACAAGAAGAACGUCUACGCCAACUCGGGCAGCAUGCCCAACCUGGCACAGAACGACGGCCACUGCUACGCCUACCAGCCCCCGCCCCAGCCCCGCCAGACCUCCACCGCCUACUACGUCACCGGCUACCCCUGCCACCCCGACCCCGAACCCUACCCCAACGUCUACGAGAGCGAACUGGAGGGCCACUACAACGUCAACCCGGCCUACCACGCCCCGGCCUACCACGGGCACGACCGGUACGCUCACUACGGCGAGGACGAGGUGGACAGCUUCGCGCAGAACCCCUACGCCACGCUGCGGCCGCCCAGGAACCGGCCGGGGCCCCGGGGGGGCGAGCAGCUGGCCAAGAACUUCCAGAAGGCCCUGGUGGCGGAGCACCUGCGCGGAUGGUACAACCGCAACACGGGACACAAGCACGUGAGCUACGACUACGACCGCGGCUCGCAGCAGAGCCUGGGCUACCAGACCAUGCCGGCCCCCUUCGGUAGCUCCAGCAGGGCCACGUCCUACUCCUCAGUCUCUUCAGCCGCCAGUGCUGGAAACUGGCGCAGUCAGUUAGCCGUGGGGCUAACGGAGUACGACAUGUCUCCAUCGCCCCAGCAGCCUUACCCAGGGUCCUACAGCACAGGCUACAGCAGCACCCCCUCAUACAGCAGAUACGGCUCCUGCCAGCACUCAGAGUGCCCCUGCCACAGCGCUGAGAGCCCGCAGCGCUGUGCCUUCCUGCCCGCUAGCCCUUCCUCCUCCUCUUCCUCCUCCUCCCUCCUCUCAUCCCUCCCUCCCUCCUCCCCUCGCUGCGUGGCGGAGCGACCGGGCCCCGCUCCCCAACAGCCCCAGAGCCUCAGAAACGAGCGGCUCAUUAAGUACCCCCACGCUAAAUGUAGCCCACGAUAGUCGUACGUAGACGUGAACCAAAUGGAAACGCCCACCUGCAGUCAGAUAAACAGCAGUUUAGAUCCAGAGGACCAGAUGUUGUACUGGCACGAGGACUCCAAGCCUGGAACGAUAGUCUAGGGCGCUGCCAGCAGCCAUUGUCUGGACACACACUCUAUCUAUCUCUUAUUUACAUGUGCCUUGCACCACACUUUUCAGGCAAGGAUUUCUCCAAAAAGCCAAAAGCAACAACAGCCGAGGAAUCGAACCACACAAAUGCAAAACCUGUUCUGAAAUUGAUCCUGUAAAAAAGCCCUAUGCUUUCAGACAUGCAGCAUUGAACAGAGGUAGUUGAGUUUUGGGCUUGUGUGUGUGUGUGUGUGUGUGUGUGUGUGUGUGUGUGUGUGUGUGCGUGCGCGCAUGUGGGUGCGUGAUGUGUGUGGGUGCGUGUGUGUGCAGUGAUGGCACUUCAGUUACAGACUUGAAUGGCACUUGGAAAAGGCGGGUGUGGGGUUCAGACUCGCUAGCAGCACAGUAAGGAAACUAACUUUACCACUGAGCACACGGCCCUGUUGAAGGAUAGUUCAGACUGACUGACCGCCUUGAGAAUCUCAGGAGCUUUUUGAAAUGAAGGACCCGCCGCACAACAGCUUGGAGUACAGCUCGUCUCUAGAUCAAUAGAAUCUGUAGAAACAUCCUGGCACAACUACGUAUGCACACAGUUUUCUUUCAGAAUUGGAAUGCUAACCUUUUUCCCGUGAUAAUUGGUACAAUAUAUAAUUUAUGAUGGCUGUAUGCAAUUUUAUAUGUAAUGUUGAAGUGCGCAAGUGUCCCAGUGAAACGUUGCACCCCAUGAAUGUUUAUGUCUAACGGUCUCCUUUUCCUGAUUUCCUUAACAUGUUGAUAAUCUAUGAUAAAUGUUGGCAAACAGAUCCUCAGAAAUCGUCAUUUUAAGCACUCGUGGGUUACCUUUGUACUGUGUUUUAGGGAUCUGUUGUUUUGCAUUAUGGCAUUGCAAAGUAACGCGCCUCACAAUUUUGGCCAUAUUACUGCCCGAUUACAAAUAUCAUGCAGUUUAGCCAUUUACAUGCACAUGAAUUAUUUUUAAUUUGUACAAAAUAUUUUUUAAUUCAUUUUACCAGUUAUCACCGUUUUGUAGUUCACAACGGCUCCAUCAUAGAAUCCCAGAUUUUUCUAAGAUACGUAUUUGCAUCCCAUGCUGGAUUCCAUGGUCUGGUGCUCUUCCCUCGCGACAGAAGGGAUUUGUAUGUACUUGUUCAUAUUGUAUAUAUGAUGUAUUUGGGUUUCUUUUUUGUGAUCAUUUUUUUAUGUGUUUAAAAGCAUGUAAUAUAUAGUAAACUAUUUGUUUGGUAAGCUGGUUCUUAGUCAUUUGUAUCUUUUAUUACUAAAUGCAUUUCAAUUAAAAAUGUAAACAUUCAAAGGAAUAUGCCUUUAUUAUUUAGAACAUUUUUAAUGAAUUAAAAAAAAUGUAAUUGGUUGUAGUUUUAUUUAAAGAAUACUGCUUUCCAAUAGCUUGACCUAGAUCAUUCUAUAUAUUCCAGACCAUUGUAGGUAUUAUUCUAGAACGUUCAUGGUUUUAUUGCAUCCAAGAGAGAAACUGGCCAAUACCAGUAACUACCUUAAUAAGGUAGUUGUUCAACAGGAAGUGUUUGCGACCUGUUCAGUUUCCUCACAUUACUGCGAGUCAUAACCAUACAUUAUCUUUCAUACUAUCCUCAUUUCAUGCUUUUACUUCUAAUUUAUUACUUUGGUGCAUGUGUGGCCUUUAACCUUACCACUCUGAGUUGCUGUUAGAGUGUAAUUAUGAGCCAGAGGUUAUGGUAAUGGCAGGAGAAGUCCCUCUGGGGAUGCAUAAUUCAGUUAGACUGAUUAGAUUUAAAUCCAGAUCAAUUUAAUUAAAUGGCUGAAUUAAUUUGUCUUGAGCCUACAUGAUUAGUAUAUGGCCUUUUACAGUAAUGUCACUACUACGUGAGAUGUGUAGUUUUCUUCUGAAAAGGGAUUUUUGUCAAAAAAUGAAAACCUAAUCAAUUCUUCCAUUUCCAGGAGUAAACCAUUAGUGUGUUCACAUGGA